CGGCGGCUGUAUGUUGGUUGUUUCUUAUAAAAACCGACAUAAAACCCAGAUGACCAAGCAUCACUCAGCACAGUUCCGAAGAUGUUCUCAACGCGCACACAACUUUUCGCAGCUCUAUGCUUGCUAGUCUUGGCUGUGGCCCACUGUCAGCUAACCUUCUCACCGGAUUGGGGUAAACGUUCAGUGGUCGGCAGUGGUAGUGUGGGUAGCGGCGCGGCUGGCUUCUUCGAUGCGCAGCCUAGUGGAAAUUGUAAGACUUCGAAUGAGAUGCUGUUGGAAAUAUUUCGCUUUGUGCAGGCAGAGGCGCAACUCUUCCUUGACUGCAAGCAUCGAGAAUAGGCGCUGUGCUUUAGUUUGACAGCAUAAGUCAGCGCUUUAAUAAUUAUCUAUGUUUAUUCCUUAUUGAAUAUUUGAUCAAUCGUUAAUUUGGGGUAGUCGGCAUUAGUUUUAGAUGUAUUUUGUUUAUAAAGCGUUUAAAAUGCUAUAUAAUUCUAACAAAAAAAAAGAUUUAAAUAAGUAAUAUCAAUAAAUGUAUACUUCUGAAGAGAUUAAAAAUCAGUACUAUCAAUAAAAUAUUCAUGUAUGCAUGUCAAUAGAAAUUUA